AUGGACGAGCUGGAGGUGGCCAUUUUGUGCCUGUACGGAAAUGAGUGCGCCCGGAUCAGCAAAGGUGAGGCACAGAAAUACUGCGAAAAUUUUCAGAACAGCGCGGACAGCUGGAAAUAUUGCAUUGCCAAAUUUGUGGACUCGAAAAGGUUAGAGGUGAAGUUCUUUUGCAUCCACGUAAUCAUAGAGAAGCUGAAGACUCUUAAGGGAGAAGACCUCCUGUAUGUAAAAAAUUCCCUGUACAAUUAUUUGGAGAGUAAAUACACAACAGCCAAUGACGACCCCUGUGUAGUGAACAAGAUAAUCCAGCUGUAUAUCUCCUUGAUAGAAUUUCUUUACCCAAACAACAUGAAUGAUGGGUUCAAGUUCAUCAUAAAUUUGAUCAUGGUAAACAAUGACAUGAAUGUAAAAAAUUUGUAUAUCAAUUUUUUCCUCAAAUUAAUGAACAUGUUAGAUGUAGAAUACAUAGAUAAUGUGUAUUCUAAAAAAGGGGUUCAACUAGCCACCAGCUUGAAAGAAGCAAUCAAAAAUAACGACCUGCCAAUCAUUAUCGAAUGCUUAUAUUUUAUAAUGAGUAUAAACGUGGAAGACAUAAGUGCCCUUAGCAUAUUUACCCUCUCCAAGUAUGUCACCUGGAUUGACAUCAACUAUGUCGUCAAUGAUAAAAUUCUUGCAUACAUCUAUCAGUGCAUUAAUGGGCAAAAUAAUUCCAUGACAGAAGCUAGCUUCUCCUUUUUAACAGCUCUCGUACGUAAAGGUAUGAAUCCAGUGAACAAAAUUCAGUUCAUUGAAAAUAUAAAUCUCAUAUAUGUGCUGCAAAAUAUUCCAAAAAUUCUUGACAUAUCAUACGAGAUGAAUAAAAAAAUUAUGUUAAAAAAAGGAGAACUCGUAAAUUACAUCUGUCUCGAAUUGGUAGAAUCCAUUCACGAAAUUAAUAAACUUAAGGAUUAUCCGAUGAAUAGUGCAAAAUACAACGAAAUAUGUGACAAGGGAACCGAAAUGCUGUUCUUGAUCUUACCACAUGCUUUAGAAAUAUACGCUAUUGAUAAUUUUUACGUAGCCAGCACAGUAGAAAAAUUUUUCAGUCUUCUUUUUACCAAGUUUAAGACAGUAAUGGGAUCUGCAUCACCUGGGGAAGGGAUUAGCAAUCAACAGGGAACUCUUACAUCCUCUCCAAAUGGAUAUAAAAUCCCACAAGAAAAAAUGAACCUCUUUAUUAAUACACUGAUAUGUAGCACUGUGAACAAAUUUCAGUUCCCUCCUUACAUUGAAGAAUUCUACGAUGAGGAGGAUGAAGAUUUUAUUGCCUUCAAUACCUUUCGAGAGAAUAUAGAAAAACUUUUCCAGAGAUUAAUCCUGUUUAACAAACUGAAAGCUAUCGAAAUUAUCAAGAAUGCUAUUAUUUACUUGAACGAAAAUUUCGACAAUUUGAAAUGGAACACCAUAGAGUCCACUUUGUACGCCUUCUACAUCACGACGUCUAUCUAUAGUGACUACAAAGGGAGUACCGUGCAGUCGGGCGGGGGUGCAACCAGGGAUGCCACCUCCUCAGCAGUGUCCAACACGUGUCUCAGCAAACCAGACACAGGAACAACACACGGGAGUGCUAGUGGAAACACCUCCAAAGAGGUACAAGACUUGCACAAUGCAGAGUACAACAACUUGCUCUUUGGCUGCCUCGCGGAGUUACUAAAAAACAGAAAAAUUCUCAACUGUAGCAAUAGCCUUAUAAAUAUAAACCUGAUGGAGAUUUUCCAAAGACUGAACCCUUUUUUUAUCAAAAAUCCAGAGUACGUAGAACACUCUCUUCAUGUUUUUAUUACAAAUGGGAUUAGAUGCAGUAAGAAUAAGGUGGUAAAAAAAUCGGUGCAUAUUUUUAAAAAAUUUUUGAAAGCAAACUCGGUGGUUAUAUGCAACUACAUGAAAGACAUUUUGCAGAUGCUGGAGAGCUUCUUAGAAAUCCCAUGUGUGUACCAGCGUGUUGGUAGCAAAAGUCGAACAGGCAGCAACAGUGGCAGUAGUGCCUCCUUGGCGGACAUGCUAUCCCUUGACCAGGACUCCAUAAAAUCCAUGUACAAAUAUAUAUACGCAGAUUUGAAUUACACCCAUGAGGAUCAGAACGACAUUUAUGAAAUUGCAGGCCUGCUGCUACUGUACUAUGAUUAUACCAGAGCCAAGAGAACCGCUAAGGGGGAGUCCAACGAGCAGAUGCACCUUUUGGAACACCAAGGAAUGCAAGGAGGAAGAGGUAGCAACGCUAACGUAAGCUUUAACCGAAUGGGCAGUACCAACAGUGGCAGUGGAGAUGCAAAAAAUUUAAACAACGCAGCCUCCAUGCAGAGCAUCAGUACAGACCUGAACACGAGAAAUGAAAAAAUCAAUGAAGAACUGAUCCCAAAUUAUAAAGAUAGGAUAUUUUUCUUUAAAGGAAUUUUAAAUAAGCUACUAGAAAAUCUAGCCAACAUAAAAAAUGUGUACAUUAACUCUUCCAAAGCACAGCAUGAGAUCCUAUGUCUGAGUUUCACCUGCAGUGUCGUCAUAAGAUGCAUAGGUGCAUUAUGCAAAAAUGUAAAUAUUAACAUGACCGAUGAAUUGAUUAACGACCUAGACAAUACUUUAGGAAUUAUCAUCAGUGAAGCGUUAGAAUUGUUUUACAAAAAUUACAUCGUUAGGGAUUCGGUUCUCUACACUUACAGAAUAUUAUCCAACCUCUUUAAGGAACUCUCUCUCAACUACACCAUAAAAAUUUUGCCCUAUUUUUACAACAUAUCAUAUAACAUGAUCAUGACGAAACUGCAAAAGGGUAGUGCCCCUGGGGGAAGUACUUCUAUCAGUGCGGUACCAACCUCACAAGGAGCUCUAGCCACUCAAAACCCAUUACUCUCUUUCAACAUGAUGACCCCAUCAUCACAUCCAGCUGUUGGAACUGGUUCCCCAAAUGAAGCCUCCGCUUGUUUUGCAAACUCACAGGAAGAACUAAAAUAUCUGUUUAGUGAACUUAACGAAUUGGGCGUACUAGUGUGUCACCUAAUAUCGACCUAUAAAGAAAAAUCCUACGAUACGUUUAUUAAACCCUACAUACAAAAUAUUACGCAAAUUCACUUAAAUAUAUGGAAAUGUAUCGUUGUUCAGUCGUUGGAAAUGCAAAGAGAACAGAACUCUGUACUAUCUCCACUCAUUAUCAUAUUAUAUAAUAUAUCAUUAAACAUCCCUUCAGCUAUUCACAAUUUUGUUUCCCUCGAUUUGAUUGCCCUAACACAUAAAGAAUUUUGUCAGGCUUUUUCGAAUGAAGAAAUGGUGAAGGCAAAAUGCCCUGAUGCCAUUACCAGCAUCUUGCUUGUCUCUUUGAAUUAUGCUAAUACGUGCGAUUUGAAUAUCUGUCUGUAUGCAGCUCAGACCAUUUCGAACAUGCUAAACAAUGCUACUUGUUUGCAGAAUGCGCACGAGGUGCUGAGCAAAUACCCGCUCGUCCAAAUCAUCGACACGCUGUGCGUAACGCUCAAGUCCCUGGAUUAUUCGGAUCCCAAGAAUAAGAGGAUAAUCCAAGAGGUGAUGAAUAUCUUCCGACUCUUCUGCGGAUUCAAAGUGAACGCCAACUGUCUGCCCAACAAAAUUCUGGAGAGCGCUCAAAUCUGUUUGCAGAAUUCGUUACUUUCAGUCUUCAAGAAUAACCGAAACGACAUCGGCGUGUUGUUACAAGCCGUCAACGCGAACAAUCAGCAGCAGUUCAGACAAAUUUUGUCAAAUUUUGUUGCGUAG